AUGUCGUCAUCUUCCGCCGCCAUUACUCUCUCCAAUGGAAUCAAGAUGCCGGUCAUCGGACUUGGAACCUGGCAAUCCAGCCCAGCUGAGGUUAUCGCCGCUGUCAAAGCCUCUGUUAAGGCUGGAUAUCGUCUCAUCGACACUGCAGCCGUCUACCAGAACGAGGAAGCCAUCGGAACUGCCAUCAAGGAGUUGGUUGAUGAAGGAGUCGUCAAGCGAGAGGAGCUCUUCAUCACUACCAAGGCCUGGACUCACGAGCUUGCUCCAGGAAAGCUUGAGGGUGGUCUCCGUGCUUCUCUCAAGAAACUCCAACUUGAGUACGUCGAUCUCUACCUUGCUCACAUGCCAACUGCCUUCAACGAUGACAUGAGCCAGCACGUUGCCUCUCCAGUCGAGGACGUCUGGCGCCAGUUCGAUGCCGUCUAUAAAACCGGACUCGCCAAGUCUGUUGGAGUUUCCAACUGGAACAACGAACAAAUCGGUCGCGCUUUGGCUCUUGGACUCACCCCAAUCCACAACUCUCAAGUGGAGCUCCAUCUUUACUUCCCACAACACGAGCACGUUGACUUCUGCAAGGCUCACAACAUCUCCGUCACCUCGUACGCCACUCUUGGAAGUCCAGGACGUGUCAACUUUACUCUUCCAACCGGACAAAAACUCGACUGGGCUCCAGCUCCAUCUGACCUCGAAGACAAAAACGUUGUUGCCCUCGCAGAGAAGAACAAGAAGACACCAGCUCAAGUUCUUCUCCGUUACGCGUUGGACCGUGGACUCGCCAUCAUUCCAAAGUCGGUCAACAUUAGCCGCAUCGAGGAGAACUUCAAUGUCUUUGAUUUUACCAUCUCCCAGGAUGAAAUCGCUAAGCUCGAGGAGAGCAAGAUCUCUCAGCGUCUUUUCCUUCAAGACUUCAUGGCUGGACACCCAGAAGAUGCCUUUGCCAACGAGCGCAAGUAA